UUCCCGUCCCUGCUCAGGACAAGGCUGGMGAUGAUUUUCCCGUUAAUUUUCCCUUAGGGGUUCAUGAUUUAUCCCGCACCCUCGGGGAUUUUUGGGGCACAGCCUCCUCCGGGUGUUCCCGAGCUCUGGAGACAAACCCAGAGGGGAUUUUUGGGAUGGGGAGGCGCCGAUUCGGGACCCCCGGUGCUCAGGGAACCCUCCCCUCUGCUCUCCCGCCUCCCGCAGGGAUCGGAGUGGGCCUGGUGGGCUUCGGCCUCUUCUUCCUCCUCUUCGGGAUCCUCCUGUACUUCGACUCCGUGCUCCUGGCUUUCGGGAACCUCCUCUUCAUCUCCGGUUUGGUCUUCAUCAUCGGCUUCCGCAGGACCUUCACCUUCUUCUUCCAGCGGCCCAAGCUGAAGGGCACCAGUUUUUUUUUCGGGGGGCUGCUGGUGGUGCUGAUGCGGUGGCCGAUCCUGGGGAUGCUGCUGGAGGCCUACGGCUUCGUGUCCCUGUUCAGGAGCUUCUUCCCGGUGGCUUUCGGGUUUUUGGGGUCGCUGGUAAACAUCCCGCUGCUGAGCCAGGUG